CACUGCAUUGAGAAAGCAAAGCAGCCCCUGCGACAAGCUAACGAGUGACGUAUCGACGACGUCUCCGCCCCCGUGCCUGCUCUCUUUUCAGCUCUGCGUCACCAUUACUGCUUAUAGGCGCGCACGCCGACACAUCUUUUUCAGCCUCUUGCCCACCAUUGAAAGUUAAAACCAUUUCUUCUCCUUCUCCAAAUUCAAAGUGUCAUCGGCACAGCUCACAGCAGCUCCUGCCAUGGCAUCUUCUGAAGUCAGUGUGCACGUAGAGGAAGUGGUCGUCGUGACAACGCCUGACACUGCAACCGAUGGCAAUGCCGUGGAGGAAGUAAAGACAGUGCUGGUAACAACUGAUUUAUCACAGCAGAGAAUGAAGACAGGAACUUGUUUCUUUGUAUGUGAAGGUUUAACCGAAGAGAGCAUGGAGGCUGAGACUGAAACCACAACAUUCACAGAAUCCACUCUUUUAGAGAAAGAAGCAGUAAUAGCAGUAAAGCUGUCAGAAGAAGUGGAGAAUCUGGAGCCUGAAGUUAUUUACCCCAUAACCUGCGGAGACAGCAGAGCAAACCUGAUCUGGAAGAAGUUUGUUUGUCCAGGGAUUAACAUCAAGUGUGUCCAGUAUAAUGAGCACGUGAUCAGCCCUAAAGAAUUUGUGCACUUAGCUGGGAAGUCCACGCUGAAGGAUUGGAAGAGAGCAAUUCGCCUGAAUGGUAUCAUGCUAAGGAAAAUCAUGGAUUCUGGAGAGCUGGAUUUCUACCAGCAUGCAAAGGUGUGCUCCAAUACCUGCCGCAGCACUAAAAUUGACCUUGUGGGAACCAGGGCCUCUUUUAGCAGCCAGCAGUCAACUGAGUUCAUUCCCAUUACUCCUGCAUCAGCAGAUAGUAACUGCCUUUCAAACUUUCAAGCCCUCUUAAAUGGUUCACCUGCUACAUUUACAGUGGAACCAUCAGACGACAGUGCUGAAUGGAUAACUACAAUUGGAGAGGACACUGUAACUUUCUGGCGUGGGCUGAAGGAUGCAGGGCUGUUGGAUGAAGUAAUCGAGGAGUUUCAGAACGAGGUGAAGGAGACCCUGAAAGGGUUACAAGACAGGAUUCAACAGCCUCCCUUACAGAUUACUGAUGCUGCAUUGUUAAAUAAUAUUGUGCAAAACUUUGGAAUGUUGGACUUGGUAAAGAAGGUGUUAACAAGUCACAAGAGUCAGAUGGAUCGUUACAGAGAACAGUAUACUCGUAGUUUAGUAGCGUUGGAACAGCAGUGUGAUGAGCACCGCAAAAGAGCCAAAGAACUGAAAAGCAAAUCUCAGCACCUGAACAAUGUUCUGAUGACUCUGACUCCAGUCUCUACCGCUCCCACUCCCAAACGGCCCCGGCUAACACGAGCCACGUCGGGACCUGCCUCUGUGGCAGCUCAUGUUUCAGCACAUCCAACCCAGAUUACACUGACCUCCGCUCUGCCAGUGACUCAAUUAACAAACCUGCCUUUGGGGAAAGUGGUGUCUGCAGUCAGUAACGCCCCCCAACAGAACGCGACAUUCACUACCACCAACUCUCCUCUUCUCGGAGGCUAUACAGUGCUGGCAUCACCGGGCACAGCCAUUCCGAACACAGUAGAGAUCCAGCCAGACGCAUCAAACUUGACUGUCCUCAGCACUGCAGCCAUCCAGGAUGGCAGCACUAUUGUGAAAGUGAUGAGCCCUUUCCAGUUACUCACAUUGCCAGCUUUGGGAGCGACCCUGCAAAACAUGGCAGCCGCUGGAGGUACUUUAAUGGCUGUGCCGACAAGCACCAUUGAAACUUCAGUCACCCAGGCAGAAGAGUCUGCUGUGAUUGAAGUGAAGGACGCACAAGGAGAAAAGCAAUAGGACUGAAAAAAAGGGGAUUUUUUCUGUUUUUUGAGAACCUUGAAAGCUCUGAAUUUGCAUGGAUUGGUGAAUUGAUUUUUAGCGAGAAGUCUGAAGCGUCUAUGAAGUGUUACAUAUUUUGAUGCUGAAAAUAUAAGCUCGUGGAGUCCUAAUUGUAUUGAUGCAUCGCAAAUUGUCUUUUUUUUUUGUUAUAACGAAAUGCAAAAUCUUUAAACAUUGACUUUGUUGAGGUUGUGUGUAUAUUGCUACUUUUAGAAGAUAUUACCAAACAUUCAUUAAGUAAUUUGAUCUAUCAGAAGUCUUUUUUUUAUCUAUCAGUUUAACUGUAGAUCAAUUCUAAGUACCCUGGCAAAUUGCAACAUUUCAAAUGGAACUGUUCUCAUUACUUACUCACUACAUUUACUGACAAAGGUAUUCUGAAAACUCCCAAAGAAAUGCACUCUAUAUUAUGUUUACUAAAACCAGAACACAAGGCUAAGCACAUACCCAGAGAUACUCGGAAUAUAAUAAAUGGAUUCCUAGCUAGAAUAAACUGCAACGCGGGAAUACAUUUUUGAGGUACUCAGAAAUGUAUUUUGCACUCAACAACUGCGUGAGUUUACUAUUUCAUUGUGGUACAACAAACUUUUUAAUCUUUCAGACUUUUAUUUGGCAGUCCUAAAUAAUUGUAUGUACAGUGGUCAUUAUUCAAUUUUUUAUUUUUUUUAAACCUUGAAAAACAUUUUUUAUUUUUUUUUAGAUUUUUAUUUUAGUCACAGCUUUAGUACUCUAACUUAAACUUUUAAAAAGUCAAAUCAAACACCUGUCCGCAUGAAUUAUUUUCAAAUGCAUAAACAAACUAUAAACCCCAACCCCAGAUUGAACAGCAAAAAUGUGUCAGAAAAGUGGUAACAACUGUUUUUUUUCCCCAGUUACUGAUUGAACUGAUCAUCAAAGCUGUGUAAAAUGGCAUGUUGCUCAGUGCAUUGUUGUUUAUUUCGUCCCACAUCGCUUUUUUCACUAAAUAAAUUUGUCAGUCUUCAUUUUUUUAAGUGACACCUUUACACACAUCCGCCCUUUUCAGCGAUUAACUAUAUUUAAUUCCACUUCAAUAUUCUAGUAAUAAAAACACACAAUAGCUACUAAAACUGAUAUGUAAAACAUGUUAAAAGCUUGUUAUUUCUUGUGCAUAAUUGUUCAAUAAGUACAGCUCACUUUGCUUUUCAGCUAUGUAACAUAGCAAAACUAUUAUUCAAAAUACAGUAUUUGCAUUUGGUUUACAAACAAUGUGUACAUGUUACAGCUUAUGAAAAAAAAAACAUACUAUGCUUCUACAAGAAUAGUGUUGUCAAAAUGUUAGGAAUGCCUUAAUAAAAGAUGUUUUAAAAAAAUGACAUGAAAUAUGACCAACAUUCUUUAUUUAAUGUAGGCUUUUGGUUUACAGUUUAACAGAUAGUGAACAACAUUGUGUUUUGUAUUUGUUACCAGUUUCACAAAAUUGAUUAACAAAGUCUGAUAAUAAACUAGACAGUUCUUACAACAUGUAUUUUUUUUUUCUCCACAAGAACAAAUGCAGUAAAUAAUAUUAUUUAAUUUAGAUAUGAAUAUAAAUGCACUAUUCAGUAGUUUGGAGGCUGUUGUUAAACAACCCGUAUUCAUGAAUUUUCAAACUAAGAAAUCUCACAGAUAAGAAAAGAUUCUUAUCAAAGGUAACACAGUUUAGGGAUAUUAAAA